AUCAUUUGACAAGUGUAUCUUAAAGUGAGCAGUUGCCCGAGCGCUUGGACCAGUGCUACCACUCGUGCUAGAUCAUUCCUGAAUAUGUGGGCCCUUGUGCUAAUAAUAAUCUCAGGUGUUGGCCUGCAGGCUCAGGCCUGUGUCGAUCGCGUGCCUCUAAUGAAAAUGCGGGGCACCCUGGUAACUAUGCGCAAAUAUCAGGGCUUGACUAAUUGCACUGGGAACUGUGGAUCCUUGGUGGGCAGACCUAGAACAGAGACGUACAUGUCGUAUGAAGACGUCUGCUGCGAAGGAUACAUUCGCAACGGCGAUGAUGAAUGCGUUCCCCAGUGCGUGAAUUGCGGCACCACUGGGAUAUGCCUCAGCCCUCAAGUUUGCCUGUGCGGCAAAGGCUUUGCCAAUCGGAACAAUCGCACCAUCUGUGAGCCAGAGUGCAGCGAGCCAUGUGUCAACGGCAGCUGCGUGGCGCCGGACGAGUGCCAGUGCCGGGAUGGGUAUCGCUUCCGCGAUGACUCUCGGACCGAGUGUGAGGCGGUUUGCUCGGUGGACUGCGAGAACGGGCACUGCCCAAACCCAACGACUUGCGUGUGCAACAUCGGCCAUCAGCGGGAUGAGGAGUUGAAGAAAUGUGUGCCCGUUUGCCAGGACGAGUGCCUAAAUGGCGACUGUGUGGGGCCGAACGAGUGCAAGUGUCACGCUGGCCACGAAAAGCGGGUGGCACAGCCCUGGAAAUGUGAUCCAAUCUGUUCGGGCGGGUGCAGCAAUGGGAUAUGCGUACAGCCGGAGAUCUGCUACUGUAAACUGGGAUACACCCGCAUUACCGAUCACAUUUCUUCCCGCUGCGUGCCGCUCUGCGAUCCUGCCUGCGUCAACGGCACUUGCAUCUCACCUGGUCACUGCGCCUGCUCCGAGGGCCAUGCCUUCGCCGACGACUCGCACAAUGUCUGCGUGCCCAGCUGUCGAGCGGGCUGCGAGAACGGGUUCUGCAGAUCCCCCGGCCAGUGCGAGUGCCACGAGGGAUACGUGCAGAGCUCACCACAUCGCUGCACCCCCGUUUGCAAUCCAUCCUGCGGGAGCAACUCGCGCUGCAUUGCGCCGGACACUUGCGCCUGCGACACCGGCCACGUCUUUGUGAAUGGCAGCAUAACGGAGUGCGAGCCCUUCUGUCCGCGAAGCUGUCGGAACGGCAUCUGCAGCAGUCCCGGGGUGUGCACCUGCCUGGAGGGCCAUCAGGCGUUGCUCUCCUUCUACUGCAUACCCAUAUGCACCAGACCCUGCAAACACGGAACCUGUGCCGCCCCCAACGAGUGUCGUUGCUUUAACGGCUACCGGCCCAGUCCCACCCAGGGGCCGAACGUCUGCGAGCCGAUUUGCAGCCAGGAAUGCGGAAAUGGCCGCUGCAUCGCUCCGGAGGUCUGCCAGUGCGAUUCUGGCCACUACAAGCGCUGGCCGACCGGCACCUGCCAGCCCUACUGCCCCCAGAAGUGUGUCAACAGCCACUGCGAGGGCUCCGGCCAGUGUCGCUGUUACGAGGGCUAUCGAAUGAGAGCCGGCUCCGACUCCAUCUGCGAUCCCGAGUGCUCUCCCAGCUGCAUCAACAGCACCUGCGUAGAGCCCAACAGCUGCGCCUGCCUCGAGGGCUACGAGGAUACCAGACUCCACUACCAGUGCGUCCCCAGCUGCCGACCACGCUGCGAAAACGGACGCUGCUCGGCCCCCGGCCAGUGCGAUUGCAGUCCGGGCCACGUGGUGACCAACUCCAGCCAGCCGCACAUUUGUCAACCUCAAUGCCAGAUGCAGUGCAUCAAUGCCGAGUGCCUCAGGCCGGAGACGUGCGUCUGUCUGGAUGGAUACAGGAUGCUUCCUUCCAGCACCAGCGAAUGCGAGCCCAUCUGCUCCCAAGGCUGCUUGCCGGGUCAGUUGUGCAUAGCCCCGGAGACCUGCGAGGGAUCGGUAGCGGGAUCGGGAUCGGAUCAGACCAGGUCUCUUCCCUCCACCGGCAAGCACAUCGCCUUCCACUGGACAAUGCUCAUCCUGGCCAUCCUCCUCUGCCUGGCCCUGGUGAUGACUCCGCUGCUGGUCGUAAGGGAGAUGCAGCGCCGUCGUCGCCCCAACGACAAGCAGCAAGUCCAUCUCAUCGAGAACCCCUCGUACGGUGUGAUUUUGGCCAACAGCGGGGAAGGGACCGUCGAGGAAGGCAUAGGCCUGGGGGACUAAAGAGCAUAGCCAUUUGUCUUAAUUUAAUUUCAAUGUUUACGGUUUGUUUUCGUCGCCAUGCUGGGCUUACACCAACUAAUGCUUGGUGUUCAUGAACACAUGAACAGGGGUACGAUUCCUACUUAUCGUACGAGUAGACCUAGGUAAAUAGUGGGCCUUAAGGCGCUAAGAUUUGAACUGACAGAAAAGGAGUUGUAGGGGAAAACGCACCGCUGACCUAAAUAAAUGUGCAACAGGCAGCGGGAGUUAUCUUCAACCUCACAUGAUAAAGUCCGUAAUGUGAGCGUGGACUCAUAAAGUAUCUGUAGACCUAAUUAAACAAUUGUAACCAGCAGAACUGUAUAUAAGCCGAACAUUUCUUCCGAAUAAAACUAGUACUCAUCGAAA